AUGGAGAUGUUCGAGCCAAGUGAUUCACAGUUCCGCCACUUGAGCCGACAAAGCCUUCAGAAGCGAUACGAGUCUGAUGAAGAAGAUAUGUCCGAGUCAGAUGCCGGACACGACUUUGUGCCCUCGCUGGUAGGCUCACAACAAGCCGCCGAAGCAUUAGACUCAGACCUCAGUGCCGAUGAGAACCCUCUCAAAUAUCCUGAUUCAGACCGAGAGAAGAAUCUACGUGCUCCAUACCCGGCUAAGCGGCCACGACCAGUUUCUAUCGACACCGUCAAGAGGAGCAGUGACACCACUUUUGCCGAAGACAAUUAUGUCUUUGACCCAGAAGGUGAAUUGAUUCUCGAAAUUCCUUCGCCGGACAGCACUCCCGUUCUGGCAUCCGGCAUUCUCAUACGGCCGACCAUAUAUGUCCAACCCGAAUCUCCUCCGAUCAGAAGUACGUCACGAACUAGAUCCUCUUCACCAUCAUCUAUAUUCUCUAUGGAAAACGCCGAGAUCCAGAUUGCUAGAAAGAUUACCAUGAUUGAACCACCAAAUCGGCCACUAUUGGUUUUUAUCAAGUCUAGAGCAAAGAGCGCGAAGACUAAGCCCAACACACGCUCCCGGGGUAACACUCGAGAUCGCGACUCUCCUAUCUUUAUGGGGGAACAUCUACUCGAUAUCCCAUGUCAAGAUCUGAAGCCCACAGCCGCUCGAGAUAGAGCACUCGCAGAACAUGAACAGGCCACUGUAAAACUGAUGGACAAGUCUCUACCGCGUGAGAUAUCGCAGUCAGCACAGGCACUCAGUGCCACCAUCAAUCGCGUAUCAGAAAUCCCGGACACAUUUUACCUCCCACCAUCACCGCGCAUGCGACCACAGCCAGAUUUCCAAUCUCGUUUACACGCGUCGGGCCUCGAGAAGCCCCAAGCAGAUUUUGCCCGCCCUCGAAGACCCACGGAAUCAUCUAGCCGGCGUCCGGCGUCGAUCCGUAGCAGCAGCAACAGUAGCGUGCAAUCCUACUCAUCUCGCUCCACAUCCCCAUUCCCAGAAGAUCCACACCAUGGAUACGUCCCAGAAAAGAACGACUCAGCCUCCUUUACCCGAUCCUGUAGCCCCAUCUCACUCACCUCCACAACUUUAUACCCAGCUCAACGUGCCCCCACGCCCAGUCACAGCGUUUCUAACCUCCUUACGCACCGCCCACCCAUGAUGCGCCGCAUGACACGCAAGCACUCUACCUCGUCAAGCGUUCACUCCAUGAGCAGUCUCCGCUCAGAAAUGGAUAUGAGCAUCGCUCCUGCACCCUUACACCCUCAAUCUAAAAGUCCAUCAAAACAUGACUUGCAUAUCGUGCGGAAAUCAAGUCAGUCCCGUCAUGCACGCCACAGUAGCUCUAAUCAUACGAGCCGGGGGUUUAUGGGACUUAAACUGGGAAAGAGAGCUUUCAGAGUCUAA